GUCGGCGAGGCCGCGGGGAGGGGGGCGGGGAGGGAGGAGCAGCGCUGACGUACAGGUAACUGCGCCCCUGCCGGGCCAGCUGUGACCCCGGCCCGCGCCCCCUUCUGUUGCUUCAUCGCGCGCACGUGGGAAAUACAGGAGCGGCGAGCUCCUCUCCCCCGGCUGCGCUCCCGCCAGGUCUCCGCGUAGUAUGUGCCAUGGCCAUGACUAGUGUCAGACUGCCCAGCAGCGUUUUAAGAAAGCCAGAUGCCUGGAUUGGACUCUGCAGGGCACUGCGGGGGACACCUUCACAUAAAGGCUGUGCUUCCUGGAAUCGAUACUUGUAUUUGUCUAGUGCCAACUUAAAUGCAUCAAAUUAUAAAACAGUCCUCCAUAACAUUUUCUCACUGAGACUCCCAGGGCUUUUAAUAUCUCCAGAAUAUAUUUUCCCAUUUUCCAUAAGACUCAAAAGUAAUAUAAGCUCUAAAAAAUCCACUAAAAAGACUCUACAAAAAGUGGAAGAUGAAGGGGACUCUGAUGAAGAGAGGGACCAUGAUGAGAUGAGUGAGCUGGAAGAGGAGCCCGAGGACAACCCCAGUGAGGUCAAGGACUAUAAAGACCUGGACAAAGUAGUACAGUCUUUCCGGUAUGACGUUAUCCUGAAGACGGGCCUAGAUGUUGGAAGGAACAAAGUGGAAGAUGCAUUCUACAAAGGUGAACUCAGGCUGAAUGGGGAAAAACUAUGGAAGAAAAGCAGAACGGUGAAAGUGGGAGAUACAUUGGAUCUUCUCAUUGGAGAGGAUAAAGAAGCAGAAACAGAGACAGUGAUGAGGAUUGUCCUGAAAAAAGUGCUGGAGGAGAAGACCAGCAGUGAGAAGUACAGGGUGGUGUUACGACGGUGGAAAAAGUUACAAUUGCCUAAAAAGAGUAUGCUCAAAUAAAAGGAUUGCUUUUCAGUGAGAAAGCUGCUUUCUAGUGGUACAGGAAGGGGCCAGGUUCAAAAGAAGAUGUUUUUAUUAAAAUAAAGUUCUCCCAUCAUUUGUAGAAGAUGCUGAGCCAUUUUGUGCAAGUUAGGAUCUGCAUCAUGGCUCUUGAAGAUGCUUCCCUUGGACUGGAUUUCCCUCCCAGGCUUGAUUUAUUUGCUUUUUGACCUCAUGAGCAAGAGUGAGAUUUGUAAUGAAUGAACUAAGCUCAGAGAUGGUUUACAUCAUCAGCCCACUGUUUCUCAGGUUAAAAGCCUCUGGAGGCAGAGUAAAAUAAACUGACCUUGUUCUUAG